UUUUUCGUGAAUUAUAUCUUGUCUGAUCAACUGGGUAUGAUCGCGAAUGCCCACUUGGCAAAAGCCGAUCACUCGGAUAGUGGCGCAUUUCAUGGGCAAUGUAUACGCCUUGCGCAAUUACAUUCUGAAGCCGUGGAUUUCCCCAAAACAGGAAGACCGGCAAUCUUUCCAAAUGAGCUCCGAGCCCGUUCUUUCCCAGACUUUAUGGAAAAGCCCGACAAAAAUAGCUAUGAAUCUAAAAAGGUCUUGGGUAUUAUGUACCGCUCUAUUGAGGUUGCAGAGUUCGAACCCUAUACCCAUUUGAAUUUUGAUGAAAGAUUAUAUGUGGAAGGAUAUAGAGCGUAUUUAGAGGAAGCAAGGGUUCUCAAAAGAACAUACGAUGAGGACAUCAGAGGAUUGAUGAACCAAUUUGGUAUUAUGACGGAAUUUGAGGUAGUCAGCGGAUUUAUCGUAAACUCGGUCACGAAAGUUGAUCGAAAGAAGCCGCGCGACGUCACGAAAUCUGUUUUAGACGCUAUGGGUCCAUUAAAAAAGCAUUACAGGAGAAUAUUUGAAAAAGAGUUUUAUGGUGAAGGAACUAAUAUGGUUUCACCAGAAGCUCGUAAUCGAAUGGAGGCCAAAGCAUUUGCGUGGUAUUAUGUAACGUAUCAUCCUUCCGAAUUGGGAGACGAUGCUUCAGAAAACAUGAUCACAUUUCCUUGGAUUGUUCAUGAUACAUUAUGCGAAAUCGCCAUUCGAAACAAUAAUAGAGCGAAUAAUCCUUUCCAAGACAUUCCCCGGCAGAACUCACCUCAUGAAACUAAUGGAACAAAUGGCAUUAUGGAUCAUCAAUCUACUAUCAGUGUUCAUCAUCAUACCACCACCGCCAUGUAUAAUAAUGGCAAUGCUAUGUAUGAUGACAUUCCUGAUGAUUCGGAUCAAUUUAUUGAUGACUUUAUUGACGACGAUGAUGACGGUAUGGAAAGAUUGAUGAAAUCUAUUGGGGGACAGAAACAUGGGUAA